GCGUGUCGGGGAGCUUCCCCGUCCUCGGAGGCGCCUCCUGCCGCCUUGGCUCCUCCCCAGACACCGACCUUCAUAAACAUUCACCGCCAAGUGUGAUAGCAGAGAGGCGGACGGCGAGUCCGGUGGUGCUGCGGCUUUUAAUCUCCCGGCUGGAUCCAUUUCAGGGCCGCACGCCUUUCCUUCCUCUGCCGCUGGAAAGGAGUUUGGUGCAAAGCAGGAUUUUCCUUAUUUCCGUAAAAACUACGGCAAAGACAAACGGCGGAAAAUGUCUGCGACGAUCCUGCCCAUGUUACGCGACAUUGACUUUCUGCUUACGCAAGAAAAACGACUGAAUGUGGCCAAGAUGCCUCUGGGUCUGGCUGACAGGAAGGCGGUGGGGGUUCCGCUCAGCGGCUCCAGCUGCACCAACCGCUGCUACUCCCGCAGCCAGUCGAGCAGCGGCAGCUUCGCCGGUUGUCCGGGCUUCUCGUUCGCCGAGGAGCCGCUGGCCGUCAUGAACAAGGAGAACGCCUUCCUCCUGCAGGAGGUGCUGCAGCAGCGGGCCGGCGCGCAGGCCAACUCGGCCCGGUACAAGACGGAGCUGUGCCGGCCCUUCGAAGAGAACGGCGUGUGCAAGUACGGCGACAAGUGCCAGUUCGCUCACGGCUACGGCGAGCUGCGCAACCUGUCCCGGCACCCCAAGUACAAGACGGAGCCGUGCCGCACCUUCCACACCAUUGGCUACUGCCCUUACGGACCGCGCUGCCACUUCAUCCACAACGCUGACGAGCGCCGGCUGCCCUCCCAGGGGGAGACUGCGGCGCCCCGGGAGCGCUGUGCUUUCGGUCCCGGGGAAGCGGGCGAGCGGGACCGGCCGGCUCUGUACCACAGCGUCAGCUUCGCCGGCUUCUCCGGCCGUGGGAGCCCGGUGUCCCGCAUGCCGCCGCCGCCCUCUUCCUGCCCCUUCAGCCUGUACGAGGACGGGCUGCCCCCCGGCCUCUCCUUCCCCGGACGGUCCCUCGAAGCGCUGCUCGCCCCCCUGCGUUCCGGCUACAACGAUCCGUCCUCCGACUGUUUCUUCGGCACCCAGCUGAGCCCCCCGUCUCCCCCAUACCCGAGCCGGCGCCGCAGGUCCCCGUCGCCGGUCUUCGAGCGCGCACACAGCCCUUCCGACUCCAUCUCCGACCGGGACAGCUACACCAGCGGCUCCGACUCCCCGAGCCCGGAGGCGGGGAAACGCCUGCCCAUCUUCAGCCGCCUGUCCAUCUCCGACGACUGAGAAGCAGCCGGAGGGGGUCCGAUCGACACGUGCAUUAUUAUAGGACUUUAUAAUGUGACGUUGCGUUAUUUAAUGUCACCUUGGAGGCAUUCCCUGUGCGUAAAAUCACGGUUUUCCACACCUGCUGCGCCGCACCUUGAUGAAAAACUGAAACUAAAGACUGUGGUCCUUUGAGAGCCCGAAGCGGCGCUCGCCUUCCGGGGCCGCGAGGUCGCUCUGUGCCAAAGCCGGCGGUGUGCAGUGAUGCGGGCGGCGUUCGCCGGCUGCCGGCGCGCACCGCCGUGUACGCCAUAAGCACUCUGCUUCGGGAGUUGCUGCAGAUCUUUUUUAGCUGUUUGUAACAUAGCAUCCAGCAACUUGCUAUGAAUUAUUUAACUUAUUUAUUAUCUUGAACAGUAUAGGCUACGUUAUUUUUUGCUAUAUUUAUCGAUGGAUGAAGCCAAAGAUCAUUAAAUUAUGGCCUUUCUUGUGCAUAAAGUGGAGCGUCGUUACAGUAAUAUAUUCUGCUUUACUUUUGAUGUGGUUAAAGAGAUAAUUUAAUAUUUAUUUCGUUUUUGUUUACAUUUCUAUAUUUUUUUUUUUUGUGUGUUUAGGUCUCAUUGUAGCAAUAUUAAGAAUAUAUUAAGAAUUCUUAAUACGUGUCCGCAAGUCGUCCAAAAGUGAUAUGUUGAGGAUUUAUAUCUUUUUUUUUUUAAUCGUUAAAGUGAUAAUCCAGGACGGAUCCCUGUGACAGCAGUAUUUCACGCAGGAUCGCACUGUGACGCCGCCAGCGAAUGUAGCAGCCCGGCUCGUGCCUUAAGACUAACCGAAGUCUGUCUGUUUCAUACACGCGCCUUUCCCCUCCCCUGAAUGUAACGUUGGGUUUGUAUUGAAUACACGAUAUUUUGACGCCUUUCGGCCUUUUUGUAACUUUCCUAAAUGCUUUUUUUUAUCACUUGCCACAAGUGUACUGGAUAAGAUUGGAUUUAAUGCUUAAGUGUACGUAUGAUUAUUAUCUUUUUUUUUUGGAAUGUAUCUUGGGGGGGCGGGGGGUUGAUGGUUUAUUAUGCAGGGAGACUUCACUACAAAUUGACCAAAAGACAUUUUUUUCCCUCUGUUUCUCCCAAUAAAAACUUUGUCCACAUGCU